AUGUUUUAUGCCAUCUCUGAGACUCUGAAUUUUGAGGUCGUCGGCGAAGCUUCAAACCUCGAUGUCACCAUGGAAAGAGCUCAAGAGAAUAAUGGAAUACAUCCCUACAUUCUUGAUGAUGAAUCAAUUGACGCCAAAGCCGCUGAUGAUGAAUCAAUUGACGCCAAAUCCAAAAAGCAUAACCAAGUCAAUCAAGAAACAGACGAGGCUCGUGAGGAAGAUAUGGAAAUUGGAUAUGAUGAUAGGCCAUCAACACCAACUUACGAGGGUUUUGAACAAAUAUUUAUUGAUGAAAUCAUGAAAUUAGUUAGGGAGCAAAGUGAUAAAGAGGAUACAAAAUUUUGUAGGCACAAUGAGGUAACAGAUGUUCAUGGCUAUUUAUGUCCUUUAACAAUAUUCAUUGCUGGAGAAGCAACAAGUAGUAGUAUGUUUCAUGGUGCUACAGAGUAUAGUAAGUAUGUUGGAGAAUCAACUGAGUGUUUAACAACAAGUUCAAAUGGGAUAAAAACUAGUUAA